CUUGGGUUCCUCGUUUGUAGGAAUCUUUCCAGUUAACUCACACACCCAUUAUGUCUGGUCGCGGAAAAGGAGGCAAAGUAAAGGGAAAGUCAAAGACUCGUUCUAGCAGGGCCGGACUUCAAUUCCCCGUCGGUCGUAUUCACCGCAUGCUCCGUAAAGGUUCGUACGCUGAGCGUGUCGGUGCUGGUGCCCCUGUCUACCUGGCUGCCGUCAUGGAGUACUUGGCCGCUGAGGUACUCGAAUUGGCCGGUAAUGCCGCUCGUGACAACAAGAAGACCCGUAUCAUCCCCCGUCACUUGCAGCUGGCUAUUCGCAACGACGAAGAGUUAAACAAACUACUUUCUGGUGUUACCAUCGCACAGGGAGGUGUUUUGCCUAAUAUCCAGGCUGUUCUUUUGCCUAAAAAGACUGAUAAACCAGUCAAAGCUUAAAAAUGAUCGUAUGACUUAUACUAAAUCAGCCCUUUUUAGGGCUACCAAAAACUUCUUGCAAAGAGCUCACAACGCCACUCAAUUAAAAAAGUCAUUUUUACGGGCUGGUGUAGUAUGAUUCCACGAUACAACCCCCUCAGAUCUAUUGCUUUGAGGGGUGGGAAGCAAUCGCGAUCUUCGUCGACUAUCCAUCAAAAUCCAACAUUUACGUUUCCCAUUCACCGUUUUUACAAAAUCACACUUAUAAUAACAAGGUAGAGUUCUUUCAUUUAAGCGUUAUGAGAGAUAACCAGACUAGUUAACGACAAGUCCACAAAACCAUCAUUUUGAUUGUCAUAACAAACGUUUUUUAUAACAGUCCUAAAUACUUUCGUUUUCACGCAGUAUUUUCUCUGAACUUUCCAAUGAGUAUCUUUCCCAUUCUGUCCAUGCAGAAUUGGCGUCCGCAGCUCAUUGAAUUAAUUUAAUAAACCGGAUCAAUGGAAAAUCCAUUAUUCCCGAAUAAUUGUGCACGAACACAGAACAACAUUUAUUAACAUGCAUACAUGGUUUUUACUAAAGCAGAAGGAAAUAUUUUCUUUCUUUUACGGAUGUCGUGACACUUUUGUUUUUUCCUAAAUAAUAAAUACGAAGCAAUAAAUAUUAGUUAUUAAAAAGCGACAAAAAACGGAAUGGGGCUUCUGAUUAAGUGAUUAGAACGAAAUUUAAAAACUUGA